CGUCAAAAUCGCAUUCCGCUCUGAGGAAAAUAGUUCUUCAGAAAAUGUCUCGAUUUAAAAAACGAGUGCGAUUCUGUGACGCGGAAAGUUUGCUAUAAGUGCAACAUAACUUGGUCCUUUUUAUCAGCUAAAGAGCAUGUGGCUCAGAGACGCCGGAGCGACCUAAAACGAAAACGGGGUUCAUCUUAUGGUCCAGUAUUCCGGAGCGUCUGCACAGGGCGGCCAUCUUACCACAGACAAGCGCAGUACACUGAGGUUUCCCAAGAGCAGGGAGAGAAGGAGGAGGUGGGAAAUUGCCAUAAGGAGGGAGGGUUUUGUGGCUUCCGAUCGAGCACAGCUCUGCAGUAACCACUUCAGGGAUGAGUUCUUUGACAGGACAGGGCAGACUGUCCGCCUUAAAGAUGGUGUGGUCCCAACCAUCUUUAACUUCCCUGCUCAUCUUCAAAGAUCUGAAGCAAGUAGAACAACAGCUACUUCUAGGGCGGUGAAGGAGAAUCCGUCACCUGGAGCUGUUGAAAAGAGGCUCAAGGGGCAGUGCAAGCGGCAGGCCACUGAUCACUCAUAUGCACUGCCUGCUUCCCCUAAGGCCCUAAAGGCCAAACUUGACGAAAUGUCAGCGCGAGUGAGGAAACUGGAGCGGGAGAAGAGCAAUGCCUUAAGGAGAGAGAAGAGACUGAGAGAGAGGCAGAGACUGAGAGAGAGAGAGAGGCAGAGAGAAACAGAGGCAGAGACUGAGGGAGAGAGAGAGGCAGAGACUGAGGGAGAGAGAGAGGCAGAGACUGAGAGAGAGAGAGAGGCAGAGACUGAGAGAGAGAGAGGCAAAGACAGAGAGAGGCAGACACUGAGAAAGAGAGAGGCAGCGACUGAGAGAGAGGCAGCGACAGAGAGAGAGGGAGGCAGACAGAAACAGAGGCAGAGACUGAGAGAGAGAGAGGCAAAGACAGAGACAGAGGCAGACACUGAGAAAGAGCGAGGCAGCGACUGCGAGAGAGAGACAGACAGAGGCAGAGACUGAGAGAGGCAAAGACAGAGACACAGAGGCAGCGACUGAGAGAGAGAGGCAGCGACAGAGAGAGAGGCAGCGACAGAGAGAGAGGCAGCGACAGAGAGAGAGGCAGCGACAGAGAGAGAGGCAGACAGAAACAGAGGCAGAGACUGAGAGAGAAAGAGGCAAAGACAGAGAGAGACAGAGGCAGAUACUGAGAAAGAGAGGCAGACAGAGGCAGAGACUGAGGGACUGAGAGGCGCAGAGACAGAGAGAGAGAGAAUUGAAUUUGAAUAAAAAAAACCUUUAUUUUA